CACUACGGAAUAUUUUUGUCAAUGCACGUGGGACUCCUGGCUCAAGUAACAUAUUCAACAGGAUCAAUGGGGAUCUGUAGCUAAUUUUCGAUUAACGUAGCUAAAUACUCGUGUAUUAGGGAAGACAUUUGCAACUUAAUUUUGAGCAACAAUGGUAGACUGGAGUCCGAUAGCGAAGGUGUACGACCCGCUGAAAGCUGGCAGCAUCGACGGCACGGACGUGGAGCCCCAUGACCGGGCGGUAUGGAGGGCUAUGGGAGCCCGCUACAAACCCAACAAAGGCGUAGUUGGAGACCCACUGCUCACUCUGUUUGUGUACCGCCUGAACCCCCAAACAACAGAGGACAAACUGCACCAAGUGUUCUCCAAGUACGGAGACAUCCAGCGGCUCCGACUGGUCCGGGACAUCGUCACGGGCUUUUCCAAAGGAUACGCCUUCAUUGAAUACAAGGAGGAACGGUCCGUUGUCCGGGCCCGCCGGGACGCCAAUAAGCUGCUGGUGGACCAGCACGAAGUGUUUGUGGAUUUUGAACAAGAAAGGACCCUCAAGGGAUGGGUCCCCCGUCGGCUUGGGGGUGGGCAAGGAGGGAAGAAAGAGUCCGGGCAGCUGCGGUUCGGCGGCAGGGACAGGCCUUUCCGUAAACCCAUUCACCUCGGUGUCGGCGCUGUGCAGGAACGAGGAGGAGGAGGAGGAGGAGGAGGCGGGGGAGGGAGGGAGUGGGAUAGACCAGGUACGAGAGACAGGGAGGAACGGGACCGACACAGGGAGACCGAGUGGAGCAGCAGAGGGAGGAGAGAUGACCGGGACAGAGGCAGAGAGAGGGAAGACCGCAGACACGGAGACAGGAGCAGGCACCGGGACAGGAGAUGAAGCCCACAUUUACAGAACUGGAGAUAACUCCAAAGUUCAAAAUAAGUCUGUGACAGAUGUUUGAUCCACAGCAGCUGCCUGCCUCAAAUGGAGGUAUUUUAAGUGUGCAGUGAAGGAGAGUGUCACUUUUGUGGCUGGUGGUUUGCACACCGGGGACUGAACUAUGGAAAUACAGAUUACUUUCUUUUGUUAUGUGUUAUCAUUAGUUCAGUUUGGGUGUGAAAUUGUACCUGGUUGAUCAGAUUGCACUGUAUGGUAAUACCAUGUAAAGGUGGAGCCAUUUUCAGCUGAUACUCUGGUAGCUGGUAUUUCCCAGGCAAAUACAAGUACAUGGUUAUAUAGUACAAAUUGAGCUGCAAAAACUGCAAUAAUACACCAUAUUAAAAAUAAUUGCACGGUUCAUUACAAUGAUAUAACUUCUUUUUUUUACGAUAUAGAUGUUGUCCAGCUCCAAUAAGUAAGGCCUAACAAGCAGUAAAUAACACACACUUUAAAAGCAGAAUAUGCAACUAAAUGGACAGAAUACUAUUAUGUUUCUUAUACAUCUACAAAGUACCUGUAAAUCAGACUUAAUCUGUUACCCAUUUCACACUCUUCAUAAAUAGGCCUGCAGUGAUUCACUUUCUUUCUUGGAACCUGCGUGUUCAAACAUGUUGUAAGAUUUCCUAAAGUGGGCAUGUAGCCUCUCUAUGUUGACAUAUUUAUACUGAUGAAGGUUUUUGGAGCAUUAUAUUUGGUAAAAAGCCACGUAUGAGGGUUUGUGCAGCACUAACUAUACCCGAGGGAAGAAAACCAAAUAAACCAAAAAUAAUUUUAACACAUUGGUGGCACUUUCCUUGUUCCUAGUUUAUAAAAUAUAUUUCCAAUAUUGUUAUUUUGGAUUGCAUUUUUCUCUGUGAAAGAAGCCAAUAAAUGUAUUUUUUCUAUUGGCAAAACAGGACAAGAAAAUACAAAAAAUCAUAUACAGAUAAGUGUAUCUUUGAUUAUACUUAGUUUGAUUUAAAAGUUAUCCUCCUCUGUGACUUCUGCUGAAGUCUCAGCUCAGAUGUUUGGUCCCUGCCCCUGCCCAUUAAAGCAGAUCAUGUUUCAGUUAUGAGUCACUGGGUGGAUUGUUUUCUCUCAAGCUGACCGCAAGUCAGUCUGAAGACGUCAAUAUGAAAUGUUAAAGGUCUGGUGUUAGAAUGAGUUCAUUAAGUCUUAUCCGGUGACUCCAUGCACUGGACACAUCAUCAGUCCAUUAGCUCAUCAGAUUGACCUGCUGCUGGGAAAUUCAUCAAUGUUGCCUGAGAAGAAGCUAAACCUGAGAAUAGAGUUUGUAUUGGAUAGAACUAAGUCCUUAGUAACACUGAUGUAAACAACAGCAACUGAAGAAUCGGAUUGCACAACUAUUGACUAUGCACACUGUGCUGGAUGUGGUUAGGGAAGGAGAAUUCAACACUGAAGAGAUAUGUGUUAAAGUGUUAUUUAUAAGACUGUAGUAUUGAUGCAAAGAUACACACGCAACACAAAACUGGUAUGAUUUUAACUGGUUUAUAAAAUUGGGUUUAUUAAUGUGCACUAUGACUAUAACAAGCUUGGAUUGAUCCAUUGAUGGAAUUAGAUAUGUGCUGCCGUAAAAACAAUAUGACCAUGAUCAUCUUGACAUUCUUUUAUUUAUUUAUUCAUGUUUGGGUGUCUGGACGAGGCCUCUCAGCACAUCGUGGGUUCAUGAUGCGCCAACCAGGGUAAUUCUCUCUUUGCACAGUGCUAAAGUCGAUCCUGUGAACCAAAACACACACACUGAUGAGCUGCUCUUUUUACGUUCAGCUGUAGUAUAUUGUCCUGUCGACAAACUUGAUCUCACCUAAAGGCCGGGUUGAUGCAGAUGUUGUCUGGCUGUGGGAGGGCAGGUGUUCGCCUCCUGCGGCAAGAAGACUGAGGAGGAAAAUCCUUCUGAUACUGAGACUGCAUCUCUGUCGUGUCUUGUUCCUUUGUCACUGCUGUCUGAUCAUAGUUGCCUUCUUGCUCGUCCUCGCCUGGUUUCCAGUCUCUGCUGCUGUUUCCUCUUCCUGUUUGUUUGGCACCACAUGAUACUAGUCUUCUUUCAUUUUGAUAAAUGCUUGUUUUUGAAUAUUAAAUUGUCAUACCAUUUUAAUUAUGA